CCUUGACCAACGAACAGAGUACAACCAGUAUGACUGGGACACCUACAGGAGAAACAGAUCCAACCAUGUCAACCUCAGUACUCACCUCGAAUGGAGGAAGCAGCAGCACCAAAAUGGAUCAUUCCAAAACAACAAUCAAUCCCACCAUGAAUACAAAGAUCUCAGCAAAUUCAAUGUCUUCAUCAAUCAGGCCGAAUACUGAAAUAUCUCAAACAUCAACUCAACACAAAACUGAAAGUUUAUCUUCAAGUACAACCUCAAGUCACACAUCAAUGACUAACCAGGAAACAUCGACAACAAUGGCUACUUUAUCGACACAGCAACAAUCUAGAUCUUCGACAUUGGCAAAAAUCACAGGCAAUACUGAAUCAAUCCCGUCUUUAAAUGCUUCCGAUCUAACCACCCCAAACAAAUUUACUACAUCUGCCAUCAUUCUGUCAUCAAACCCAACUGUGAUGACUCCUCGGUGUAAAGGAUGUGUUUGUGUCAAGGGUACUUGUAAUUUCAACCAGACACUUAAAAGAUGUCACUGCGACUGUAAAUCAGGUUUUUUUGGAGAAUCAUGUUCCGUUGGAAGUGAUGACAUCCCUGCCUAUAUCGAUACCGGAGCACUACCAACUCGAAAAGCAAACCUUACAUUGAAAAUCAACAUACAUUUUUUGGAGGCUUACAACAAUCUAAGCUCACCACAAUCACUAGUAUUUAUCACAUCAUUAGAGCAUGAGCUUAAAGCUUUAUGCAAAGAAGCAGAUCCUAAUUCCUUUAAAAAAGUACAAGUCAUCAAGUUAUCCCCAGGAAGUGUUGUUGCAGAUAGUGUGGCGGAGUACAUCUAUCAAAACAAUGAAACCCAAAUCCAGUUUGUCAACACUCAGCUUGAUGGUGUUUUGACCGAUAUCUUGAAAAACACAAGUAAUCUCAGUAGGAUUUCUCAAGCAUUUAACAAUACCGAUGUGCUUUUAAAUGAACUCACCUUUCAGGCACCUACAAUUAAAAAUAUCAGCGAUCUGAAGUUUUUAGUAAACUGUUCACAGUGGACAAAUUAUUUUGCUGAGAUUGUAGAAGGUACACUUCAGUGUACUGGACCUUGCAAAGGGAACCCUGACUACUGUCAUCAGCAUGGAACAUGCAUUAAUGACAUUCAGAAAGGUGGAAUAUGUAGGUGCUAUAAGUCCAACCUUAAGCAGUUUUACGAAAAGUGUCAGUUCUUCCAUUGGGGUCCAGGUUUCUACGGUGCCCUUUUCGUCCCAUUGGCAGCACUCCUGCUUAUUAUCAUUACCAUUUCCGUUGUCCAUUUCAGAAAGAGAAAUACAGGCACUUGGAAAAUGAGCGACUACUAUGACACAAGACUUUCUGAUUGUGAAGUAGAUUUAUUUCACUUCUCUGCUAGAGAUCACACCUUAGGAUUUUAAGACUCUUACACAUCAGUAACCAAUUUGGACAACCAAUUGCAGGAAACAACAAAUCGUCCAGAGGCUUGGAAUAUCAACUCAUGAAUCUUAUAUUAUAUACUAGUAAUUUGUUUUCGUGAUUGAUCAGACUGUAUCUACUUAAAUUCUAGUUAAUCGUGCUAUAUAUAUAAAAAUGAACUUGUUGCAAUGGACUCCAGUUA